UGUUUGUUUUUGAUUGGCUAAAAUUUUUAGAGAAAUAAAAUAAAAAUUUAUGCAGUCGAUUUCAUUCAUAUUAGUGAUUCUAAUAGACUAAUCAAUAAACGAGUGUUUGUUUUGUAUCAGGCUCAAACGAAGAUGGCUGAAAUAAGCCGCAAGUUAUUUCUAUUUAGUAUAUUGUUGGCAUUUUUCGGCAAUACCAGGCUAACAAAUGCAAACGAAGUCGACCAAAAUGAUGAGGCAACUGUGGAGAUUGAGGAAGAUGAUCAAUAUGUCAGCCCAGAAUUGAAUUCAGACAGUGUGUACCUGUCUGAGCAUUUUGAUGAUGAAAAUGCUUUUAAAAGGAAAUGGAUUAAAUCUGAAGCUAAAAAACAGGGAGUAGAUGAAAACAUAGCGAAAUAUGACGGAAAAUGGGAGAUUCAACAACCAAUCAGGAAGAUCCUAAAGAACGAUUUUGGACUUGUCCUCACAACCGAAGCAAAACAUGCAGCUAUAUCUACACUACUGGAUAAACCAUUUGAGUUUAAAAACAAGCCUCUCAUUGUUCAAUAUGAAGUCACUAUGCAGGAAGGACAGAACUGCGGUGGUGCCUACAUCAAGCUACUAUCAAAAGGGACUAACACGAAAGCCGAUCUACGUAAAUUCCACGAUCAAACUCCGUACACUAUAAUGUUUGGGCCAGACAAAUGCGGCAAUGAUAAUAAACUACAUUUCAUAUUCAGACAUAAGAACCCUAAGAAUGGCACCAUUGAAGAGAAACACAGUAAGAAACCAACUCAGCGACUAGAUGACAUCUACAAAGACAAGGAGCCUCAUUUAUACACUCUGAUUGUCCGACCAGACAAUACCUUCUCUAUACUAGUUGACAACAAGGAAGUCAAUGCUGGAUCUCUGCUAGAGGACUUUACUCCACCUGUCAACCCACCAGAGGAAAUUGACGACCCUAAUGACAAGAAACCAGAAGAUUGGGAUGAAAGGGAAAAGAUUGUUGAUCCUAGCGCUACCAAGCCUGAUGACUGGGACGAAACUGAACCGGCCCAAAUUAAAGAUCCCAAUGCAAUUAAACCUGAAGGAUGGCUCGACGAUGAACCAGAAAUGAUUCCAGAUCCGUCGGCGGUGAAGCCGUCCGACUGGGACGAGGAGAUGGACGGCACGUGGGAGGCCGCGCUCGUUGACAACCCUGCGUGCGAGUCGGCGCCGGGCUGCGGCCAGUGGGCGCCCCCCACCGUGCCCAACCCUAACUACAAGGGCAUAUGGCGGGCUCCUCUGAUCCCGAACCCCAACUACAAGGGCAAGUGGAACCCGAGGCGCAUUCCGAACCCGGACUACUUCAAGGACGAUCACCCCUUCCAGAUGACACCCAUCCACGGCGUGGGGUUCGAGCUGUGGUCCAUGUCCCCGAUGCUGCUGUUCGACAACGUGCUGGUCACGGACGACUUCGCGCUGGCGGAGCGCUGGGCGCAGCAGACCUUCGUACUCAAGAAGGCCAAGCUUUCCAGGGACUCUGAUUCGUUUUUGGACCGCGGUCUGAAGUACGCCGGUGACAAUCCCUGGGUGUACGCCGUCGUGAUCCUCGGAGCCUUCCUGGUUAUUGGCUUCGUGACCUAUCUCCUGUGCGGCCCUAAAUCUGAGCCAGAAGCAGAUCCCAAGAAGACAGACGCAUUUGUGGAAGACGACCCUCAUCAAUCGGAAGCCGAAGAGGAUCUCAAAGAGGAGGAGCCUCGGGAGAAACCCACCAAGACCAAAGCUGAUCUCGAGGGUCCGGAGGAAGAAGUCGAGAACGUAACUUUGACUACGGAGGCGAGCCCAACAGAAACAGAGGGCGCUGGUGACGGACACAGGAAACGGAAGCCUCGUAAGGAGUAAACGAGAUAGCGCUAUACGUGCGAACGAGACAGGUAUAUAUAUUAUUAUUAAACCGUUCAAUAGGACGUGUCCAUAGAAUAGUCUGUAGUAUCUUUUAGUACUUCAUUGUAUUUUAAAUGUACUGAACUUUCUAUAUUGUCACUUUUAGAAAUUUAAAUUUAGAUUUCGUUCGUUACAACAAAAUGGCGACCAUUUGACGUCGGCCAUUUUGAAUUCAAUAACGUUCUCGUUCUUGCAUUUAAAUGGUUUUUUAGAGAAAAUUUCCACUCGACUUCAUUGUGUUUAGUGCGAGUAUUUUAACGUUCUCGAUAACGUAAAAGUUAAAUCGAAUUUGUAUGCACUCAUGCAGUUGGAACAGCGCCCCUAGCGGUAAACGUUGAGUUAACUUUUACGCUAUCGAGAACGUUAAAAUACUCGCACUACACACAGUAAUCCGUGUCGCAAGAUUUAUUGUUUAUCCUGUAUUUAACUGGCGUUCAAUAUUGAUAGUGUGCAUUGCGAUAAGUCCGGGUCGACGACCGCCUGCAGAGCCGUUUUACAUUUUGACCUUUUAAGGGCUGGCGAUUAACGCACUACCGUCGUCUAGGGGCACGCGUGGGUCGCGCGUGAGGUCGUGAGGUUAGGUAAUCAAUGACUCGAAUGUAUGCACGCGGCCCGAGUCUAGGUCUGAAGAGUAUAUAGAAAUAAUUUCUCGAAUCGCAUUACUUGCAGAGCAUUGCAUUUUUUUUUUUGGUUUGUCUUUUCAAAUAUAGAUAUUAUCUUUAUGUUAUUACAGUUUAUAAUUCUUUGAAUAUAUUCAUUUACGUAUGUGUGUGACUCUUCGGUAAUAUGUUUAUUUAGUUUUGCGGGUAGUAAUGUAGCUAACGUUGUGUGUGCUGUUGUGUGCGUCGCUCCGCUGUAGUUCGUCACCAAAGAUUGUUUUGCGGCGACAUUUACGAUCGUUUGAGCCGUGCGUCAGGACACAGCCGCCGAUUAUAUAAUCUGUAAUUAGUGCGGUCACCAAAAAUCCUCUAGCGACCAAUAAUAAAUAACCCGGGAUCAACGUAUGGAUCCCCUUAGAUAUAAUAAUAAUUGUAGUUUAAUAAUAAUAAUAAUAUAUUUCAAUAUAAUAAUGUAUGUAUAUGUAUGGUGGAGCUAUUAAUGUACUUUGUACAAUUUUUUUUUUGUUUUUUCUUCUUUAUCUUUUACGUUAGGGUUGUAGAAAAGUAUUAAUGAUUAAUUA